CGCGCCCGCGCCCCGCCCCGCGGUCCCAGCCCGGCCGGGCCUCGUCCUCGGCGGCGCUGAGGGCGCCUCCUUCGCACCGGGAGGGCUCGUGGGCGUUGCUGGGGGGCACCGAGCCCCGAACAGGAAUGUUAUGUUUUUAAACAAGCGGUCAAACUGCUGAAAAGCCAGAGCUAGACCCAGCAAUGGACUAACGAGGUGUGCAGCAAGAUGGGUUGAGAGCACAGUUGCCUUAUUCCACCUUCUUUGCUUCAGAGAGCACUAUCUAAAUGGGUUUGUCAAGUUGGCGAGGAAGAACAGACAACCUCUGGUGGAGUUUCUGUUUUCUGUUUUCAACAAGUGCUGGCUGAGGUGAAACUUCCUGCAUCUUGUGAGGAGCAUGUAUAAAAGGAAUGAGCUCAUGGCCAAUGUGAUGGUCACCUCCGCCACUCCAGAGGGUAGUAGCAGCUCAGAUUCUCUGGAAGGGCGAAGUUCAGAUUAUGCCAAUAAAAGCUAUGAUGCAGUUGUAUUUGAUGUGUUGAAAGUAACUCCUGAGGAGUUUGCUAGCCAGAUAACGUUGAUGGAUAUGCCAGUUUUUAAAGCUAUACAGCCUGAGGAACUAGCCAGCUGUGGAUGGAAUAAGAAAGAAAAACACACCCUCGCUCCAAAUAUUGUUGCCUUUACUAGAAGGUUUAACCAGGUCAGUUUUUGGGUUGUACGAGAAAUAUUAACAGCACAGACCUUAAAAAUAAGGGCAGAAAUACUGAGCCAUUUUGUGAAAAUAGCUAAAAAGCUUCUGGAGCUGAAUAAUCUUCAUUCCCUUAUGUCUGUGGUUUCAGCAUUGCAAAGUGCACCUAUCUUCAGGCUGACCAAAACUUGGGCUCUUUUGAAUCGGAAAGACAAGACAACCUUUGAGAAGUUAGACUAUUUACUGUCUAAGGAAGAUAAUUAUAAAAGGACACGAGAGUACAUCAGAAGCUUAAAAAUGGUUCCUACAAUUCCAUAUUUAGGAAUUUAUCUCUUGGAUUUAAUCUACAUUGAUUCUGCAUAUCCUGCUUCAGACAGCAUAAUGGAGAACGAACAGAGAUCCAAUCAAAUGAACAACAUUCUCCGAAUAAUAGCUGAUCUGCAAGUAUCCUGCAACUACGAUUAUCUCACAACACUUCCCCAUGUGCAAAAGUAUUUGAAGUCUGUCCAUUACAUUGAAGAACUUCAGAAAUUUGUAGAAGAUGACAAUUACAAAUUAUCUUUAAGAAUUGAGCCAGGUAACAGCUCUCCUCGACUGGUUUCCUCCAAAGAAGAUCUUGCAGGUCCAUCUGACAUUUCAGCAAUUAUGAAAUUCAGCAGGAGACCCACAUGUCCUGAUGCCUCAGUAGCAGCAAAUCUACCUACACCUCCUGUACCAAGGCACCGGAAGAGUCACAGCCUGGGAAACAAUAUGAUGUGUCAGUUGAGUGUCGUGGAGAGCAAAAGCGCCACCUUCCCAACAGAGCGGCCAAGGCACCUGCUGGACGACAGCGUCCUGGAGAGCCACAGCCCCGCGCGAGGCCCCGCGGCCGGGGCGCGCCUGGCCAACGGCAUCUCCAUAGAUAGCAGUGAAAGCUCAGAAUUUAGUGAGGAGCUGCCGUCAGGGCUUGAAAGGGGUCGUUUAUAUGCCACGCUGGGGCCUAACUGGAGGGUACCGAUCCGGAAUUCUCCUCGGAGUCGAAGCUGUGUCUACAGCCCAACGGGUGCGUGCAGCUGCACAGCAGGUGGUUCCACAGGGGUCAUUACCAUUGAAGGGCCUUUAAGAAGAAAAACACUGCUCAAAGAAGGCAAGAAACCUACUCUGUCGUCAUGGACUAGAUACUGGGUCAUGCUUUCAGGAUCAACUCUUCUCUACUUCGGAGCAAAAGCUUUAAGAGGCACUGAAAGAAAACAUUAUAAAUCUACACCUGGGAAAAAAGUCUCCAUUGUGGGCUGGAUGGUGGCACUGCCUGACGACCCAGAGCAUCCUGAUAUUUUCCAGCUAAAUAACCCUGACAAAGGCAAUGUUUACAAGUUUCAGACUGGCUCAAGGUUUCAUGCGAUAUUAUGGCAUAAACAUUUGGAUGACGCGUGCAAAAGCAACAAGCCUCAGGAAAUUGGUGUGACAUCUUUCAUCAAGGAUACAUCCCUUUGGAGAGACACAGCUUUGACUCUGAAAGAGAACCGUGUUGGCAAUAAAGAUACUGUGUCUGAGAUCUCUAUAACUUACGACCUUUGGCACUAGAAAAGAAAAUCCCACCGCAGAACUCCUAUGAAUGCCAACCUUGUAUUUCAUUGUAGAAAUGAUUCAGCUAUCACAGUUAUCUCUAAAAGUAGACAGGACUCCAGUAAACUACUGGAUUUUUAUCAUUGUGUUAUUAUCAAUUUCCCUGUACUUUUUUUAAAAAUUGACUUGCAUUUUUAAAAGGUAAUGGCUAGCUUGUGUUUCUCCGUUUUACACAAGUGAAUUUGGUAUUAAGCGUCGGGAUCGAAUCCAGAGAUUUCGAGAACAGUGCACCACGGCUGAGGUCCUUGUUUUGCACUCGUGCCGUUUGUGCCGUUCAUUCUGGGAGCGUUCCCGCGGGGCCCAGAUUGCGGACCGGGGGAAUCAGCGCUGCGGAGCCGCUGCCGCCCGGAGCUGCGGCAGGGCGGGCAAAGACCCGCUCCCCAAAACGCGCCCCGUUAGCGUCCAGCGAUGCCCCGUCCGCGGUCCAACACGGGGCGGCCCCGACCGAUGCCUCGGGGAAGCCGGGACAGCGGCGGGAGAGGCCAGAAGAGCGGAAAGGCGCGGCCCGUCCCGGGCACCGCUCCGUCCGCGGCCGAACGAGCCCCUCGGGGCCGCGCUCCUUCUGUGCCGAUGCAGCACGGAGGCACCAGCCCGGUUCGAAGGGACGAGCAGCCGCCUCAAGCGUGAACGGACCCUGCUGGGCGUGGGCUCUACCUGAGGCACGGUCGGUGCGGGGGCAGCGCGGCUUCCGCGCCAUCGCCGCCGCCUUCCCGGGCGGGAGGUGAGGGGACCGAGCGCUCCCGCCGACCCCGGGCCGCAGGGGCGUGUUGCGGUUGCUGCUGUCGGUACCGCAGAGGGAGCCGGGUUCCGGUAGCGCCGACCCAGCUUUGGCAGCGGUGCCCCCCCGGGGCUCCGGCCGCUCCGCCCUGCUCUGCCCGCGCCUGGGCCGGCCCCCGGCACAAGAAGCCGGGCGCGCUGCCGGCUGUGAGCGAGCGAGCUGGAUCUGCGGGCAGCGGCACCUGCUCAGGCUCCUGGAACUGGCAGCGCUCGCAGGAGAGGUGCGACAGAUUCGGGGUUUUAUUUCUACUCAAGAAAUAGGAGGGUGGUGAUCAGCUGUGGCAUUAGUUUUCGGUAGUGGGGUUAACCACUUGACGGUAAGUUAAAGGUACAUAUUAAUUGUCCAAACCAGAUUUUCUGAGUCUCUGUCUGAAUUCGUACUAAGGGUGGAGUUUAACUUUAGAUUCGGAGAAUGCAAAUCUUCUCCAAAACAUAGUUCCAGUGUGUAUUGCCGGUUAAUUGUGGCAGGCAGCUCAGCCCUCACCAUUCCUCUUGCAGUGGGAUGGGGAUGGAAUCAGAAAGGCAAACGUGGGAAGUCCUGUGGGUUUUCCCUGAGAUAAAGACAGUUUAAAGGUAAGCAAAGCUACAUGCAAAACAGAAUGUGUAAUGUGUUCAUUAUGUGUCCUUAGCAGGCAUGUUUGUAGCCAUUUCCAGGACUUCCUCAGGUUUAGCAGCGACUUAGGAAGCCAUAUAGUGUCAUGUCGUGUGUGCUUCCCCCUCUCUCCUUCCCCCAGCUUAAAUGGCUGAGCAUGGCAUCAUGUGCUGUGGAAUAGGCCUUUGCUUGGUUUGGUUCAACAGUCCCAGCUGUGUUCCAUGCAAACUUCUUGUGCCACCCAGCUGCUGGGUUGGGAGCCACAGGAGAAACAGAGACAACCUUCACUCUGCGUAAGUACAGUUCAGCGGCAGCUAAGCAUCAAUGUGUUUGAAGCACUUCCUUUGGUCACAAACUGCAACAUCCUGCUAGCUACUGGGAAGAAAAUUAACUCGGUCCCAGCUAAAAAAGUAGAGUGUGGAAGCAAAAAAGUUGAAAUAACAGUCUUUUGCAUGUCAUGCAGUUUUUAUUUUUCCCAAUUUGUUUGAUUUUUCAAUGAACACAAAGUUUAAACGUUUACAAUAGGAGGAGUUUGGUUUAGGGAUUGUAAUGGAAAUUAUACACAGCAGAUUAUAAUGGAGAAGUUUCUCAGUGUAUACAGGAAAUUGUGUGUUUUUUCAGUUAUUUUGUCAGCACAAAAUAAGUACAGCGACUGUAUAUUAUUCUGGCUUACUGUCUUCGUAUUUAGAAAGAAAUAGACAGUUUUAAGUUUUUUAGUGUAGUAUUUUAUUAGUGGAAAAAUACUGCCUUCAGUUUAAUCCUUCAAACAAGAUGCUUCUGGAUUUUAUAAGAGAGGAAGAAUACUGGUGUGUCAAAGAAUCUUUCUGAAAAGAGUAAGCUAUUAAAAGAUUAGCAACAGGCAACAGAAAAAGAUGGUUAAUGAUUGUUAAUAUUUAGAAUUCUUAUUUAGGCACCACUGAUGUGUGGUUUUGAUUUAAAUAAUUAACUAAAGGAUAGAGAAUAAAAUUUUUUAAAAAUGCUAAGUUUUGUAGUGGGGAGUUUUUAGGUAGACUAUGGAUAAACAAGGAUUAAGUUGUUUAUUGUUCUUACACUGCUGAAGCUAAUACUUCAUAUUAGCAACUGAAACUCUGCAGUCACCUUUUGUCAGUUGCCCUCUAUCCUUGCUCUAGACUGGGAGAUAAUGUAAUCAGAUGGGAGUUAUGAAAAAACCUAAUGCAAUGUAGACAUUGUCAAGAUACUGAAAUGAGCAGCAUAAAAAGUCUUCAGCUGUCUCCAUGCGAACAAAACAAAUGACGAAGGACGGCCACAAUGCAGAGAGCACGUCAAGGAGAUUAAUUAUUAGCCAAGAAUGACUCUUGAACUAAAUUAGUGAUUGGUACCAGUUUUUAGUAAGGACAGUGCUAGUUGUGGAGAGUUUUAGAAAGAUGUUGGAAAAAAACAAGUAGAAUGUAGAAUUUGGACAACAAAAGUAAAAAUAACAUCUGAUUUGAAGGUGAUACAAAAAAAUUCCAUUUCAAAAUUCUAAAAUGACAAGCUAUUGGAAGAACCUAUAAUGGGAGAUUAAUAAAUGUGAGCAUAGUGGUACAAUGUGACUAAAGCAUGAGUGAUUCCUUGGUUUAGGACAGGGGAAAAAAAGAUGAUUUAAAUAAAUGAGAGUUUGUAAGUUCAUUCUUGGUCCCAUAUAAGAUUUUAGAGUAAAUUUUAGGACUGUGACCAAUGAAGUAAGGAGAUACAUUGUUAAUUUGUACAGCUCAAUGUAGUGUAAGAUGUCUUACCUACAGCAAGGGGAUUGGAACCAGAUGAUGCUUAAAAGUCCUGUCCAACCCAAGCACGAUUCUAACCACGACAAGAGCUCUUUAUUAUGGCCUUGCUGCAGAAGAAAACACGUUGUGUAACUGCACUUGCUUGACUCACUGGGCAGAUAUAUUAAUUGUUGGCUGAUGACAAGCUCAGAUGUAUCUGUGCAAUAUGUUGCAUCUCUGAAAAAUGUAACUCCUGGCAUGCAUUAAGAAAGAAAAUUUCCAACGAUGAGGGCUUGUUACUUGCCAUUUACAAAUGGAUAAGGUACAGACAUUUCUGGUCUCCUGUGCUAGAGAGUAAUGGAAGCUGGGCCAAGUGCACAGAAAUGAUUGGUGAAGGAAGACUUCCUUAUGACAUGGUUUUACCUUUCCUUUAACUGCUUUGUCGAAUAAAAAGGUAACGAAUAGGAAGAUGAGGAGGUGAUAUUACUGCAGUCUGUCAGGGUACUGGGAAGGAAGAAAGCCUGUUUACAGUUAAGUGGAAUACUGCAAAGUAGCCAUUGAUACCAUUAGCUAAAUUUAGUAUUAAAGCAAAUCUGCAUAAAUAGCGUCAUCUUUACUUGCAUAUCAAUUGGAAUUAAAAAAUACAAAAUCGAAAUGAAGUGAUACUAUAAAAGAAACUCAUUUAAAUAUUCUGAAAGCAUACUUUUAAAGUUAAAACUUGCCAUUUUACCUUCCCUAUAGUGAGGAAAUAUAAAUAUAGUGUUCUUAAUUACACUGACUUCAUGUAUUUUAUGACUACAUAUUUGUGCUAUUUAUCUCAAGAGAGCAAAAUUAAUGAAUCCUUUUGGGGAAACCAUGAAUUUCAUUCAUCAAAUAAUUAAAUACUUCUUGUCUUUAA